AUUUUAAUCAAUAGAAAGGUGGUCGUUGAAAAAACUCGUGGUUAGGAUUCCAUCAAAAUUGGAAAAGGAAUAACAGUUUUUAAUAUUAAAAUGGGUAGAUUUUUGUUGUUGUAAAAGAUAAACAAAAAUACAUAAAGUAAUCGUUAAAUCCAGUUAUAAUUAUUUUAUGAACAAUGAUUGAUAAAGUGCAAUUUGUUGAUAUUAUUGAACCGCGAAAUAAACAAUUUGGUAUAUUUAAGUUUAUGACUCGACCAUGGCAUCCGAAAAAGAGUUUAAUCAUGGAUACAUCUUGUACGCCAGAGGAAAUAAAGGAAAUCGUAGCACGUUCCACAUAUAUUGAUUCAUUCAUUGAGGCGGAGAGUGUUAGAAGUGGAGUCCAUAAAGAACAGCUGAUGAAGCAGGUCAGGGAACACCUAGAAGAAAUGGGUCUGGAUAAAAAAAUGCAUGUGAUUAGAUGGAUGGGAAUUGUGUUCCUUAAAAUCUCUUUCAUGAUGAGAAUUGGAAUUUUCGUCAAUGAAGCUGCGAUUUUAAAGUUAAAAGAGCAAAUGGGGACGAAUCCUAUAAUAUUUCUGCCGACACAUCGCAGUUACGCAGACUUCUGCGUGUUGACAUAUUUAUGCUACCACUACGAUAUUGAGUUGCCGGCAGUCGCCGCGGGAAUGGAUUUCUACUCGAUGGCGGUGGUCGGACAACGUAUGCGGGAGACGGGAGCUUUCUACAUCCGCCGCACGAUGGUGGGGGCGCCACUGUACGCGGCCACGCUCAAGCAAUACGUGCGCACGUUGGUCGCAAAGUACCACGCCCCUCUCGAGUUCUUUAUAGAGGGUACUAGGAGUAGGAGCAAUAAAUCAUUACCACCAAAGUAUGGUAUGUUAUCGAUGAGUCUGAUGGGAUACUUCGCGGGCGAAGUGUCAGACAUAACUAUCGUGCCUGUCAACUUCAGCUAUGAUCGCAUCAUGGAACAAGUAUUGUUCGCGUAUGAACACAUCGGAGUGCCCAAGCCGAAGGAAUCUACAGGCGGUUUUUUAAAAUCGCUCCGCAGUUUGAACGAUCACUUCGGCAAUAUAUACGUAAACUUCGGUACGCAGAUAUCUCUGAAGGAAUUCUUGAAGGGUACAAACUUAGUAACAAACGAGAGUUUAAAACCAGCGAGUCUUCAGCAAUUGACAACUGAACAAUUAUCCCAAGUACGGGACAUAGCAGAUGAAGUCGUAGUAUUGCAGCAAAACAGCGCUGUAGCGACAAUAUCGAAUCUACUAGCGUUUGUCCUAAUGGAUAGCUUAAUGAAGUGUGAAGUGCUUGAUUAUGAAUGUCUUUUGCUUGAAGUUGAAUGGAUGAUGGAAGUGUUAAGCGGAUUAGGAGCGUCGGUUUAUGAAAAAGAUAUAAAAAAUAGUGUGGAUAGGAUAUUAGUGGUACAUCAUAAGAUGGUGGCGUUGGACAGGGAGAGGCGACUGCGGCUACUGACUGGUGAUCUAAUGAAAGUAUCUGAUGACGUCACGGCUAAAAUGAAAGGGCACAUUUUGAAGGCAGAGACGAUGAUGACCGCAUUACCUGUCAUACAAUUGCAAAUAUACAUAAACCCAAUGCUACAUUAUAUCGUGACUCCAGCACUAGUAUACGUUCUUGUUAAACGCGGACCAACUAAUAAAGACACACUGGCAAAUGAUUAUCAUCGGUUGAGAAAAUUGCUAAAACACGAAUUCUUUUACGUCGCUAGAACUGAGAAAGAAAUAUUCAAUAAAGCCAUAGAUUAUUGCACGACACAAGGUGUAAUAGUUAACAAGGAGGGUACAAUGUCUGCGGGCGACGCUCACAGACUGCAGUUCUUGUUGGAGUGGGCCUUGCUGCCGUUCCUCACCACGCUAAAGCUGUGUAUGGAUGUUAUGACUGAGAAGAAGCGUUGCGAGCACGCGCAGGUGCUGAAGCGCGUGCAGGCGGCGGCGGAGCGCGCGGCGCAGCACCCCUACUGCCUCAGCCUGGAGUGCGCCGCCAGCGGGUUGCGCGGCCUGCUCGCCGCCGCCGCGCUGCGCACACACAAAACGGGUUCGGAAAAUGUUUACGAAGUGGUGCCGCCGGCAAUGGAGGGUUGUCGUCAACUAGUCAAUUCAGUGUUGUCUGAAAUAAACGCGGUUUGGGGUAGAAACAACCCCGUACUGCUGCACGCGCCCCUCCCCUCGCGGCUCUAGUGGUUACUUUUAGUUGCAGCUUGUUUCUGUGUUAUUGCGUAUUUAUUACAAUGGUAUAGCCAUUUUGAAGGAAAGUGAAUUAUUAUUAAGUCAAAUGAGUUAUUCAACGUAGGCAGUGUGAUUGUUUUAAAAUAGAAAAUAUAAGAUAAUGUUAAUUUAGAAUAGAAAAGCUGAGAUUUUUAAUGUAUUAACUACCAGGCUCAAGACAUAGUUUUAUAAGCGCUAAUUAAAUAUUUUUUUUUAAUGAUUACAGUAGUAAUUUUUUAAUUGUUAUCAGUAUUCAGUUAUUCCAAGCAAAUUUAUUUUACUUGCAGUUAUUUAACAGUAUUAAAAUG